AUGACAAGUCUUUCAAGCGAGAGUAGUAUUCAAGGCUUAGUUUCCGAGAUUUUAAAACCUGAAGUGUUCAGGCAUGCGAAAGAUUCGAAAUCAUUCCAAAUAAAGGCAGCUGAUUUAGAAAUGGAUCCAACUCUAGAGAGUUUGGGGCGUUUUGUCUAUUUUCCAGAUGAAAGAGUUCUUCCCGUCAAUCAAAGACAGAGAGUGUUUCCGAAUGGAACGUUGCUCAUUGCUGGAAUGCAACCAGGAAUAGACGAUGGCAGCUACACUUGUGAAGUCAGCCCCGGCCAAGGAAUGGCACCAGUUUCCCGCUCCUUCCGUGUUAUUAUUCGAACUAGGCCGAAAGUUUCUAAAUUCAUAUUCCAAGACAACCUCCACGAAGGAAUGAGAACUGCGGUCACUUGUAUAGUAGUAGCAGGAGAUGGACCACUAACGACAAGAUGGCUGAAAGAUGGUUUGCCGCUGGAUCCGAAGAGCUUAGAUGCUUCCGUGAUACCGGCUGAAGAAGGCUUUGUGUCAACCAUUACUAUUAAAUCAUUAGCUCAUAAACACAAUGGAAAUUACACGUGCCUUGCUACUAAUGAUGUAGCCACUGGAUCUUACAGUGCAGUGCUUACAGUAAAAGUUCCUCCUCGUUGGAUCCUGGAGCCGAGCGACACGUAUGCGGUAGCUGGUCGAUCAGCGAUAAUUGAUUGCCAAGCCGAUGGUGUGCCACAACCACACGUACGCUGGAAAGUCGCUACAGAUCAUCCACCAGACAGGUUUAAAACGAUAGUUAGCAGCUCCCAUAUUCAUAUUCUAGUAAACGGUUCACUGAAUUUUCGUAGUGUGGAACCAACGGAUGCGGGUUCCUAUUUGUGUGAAGCAAAUAAUGGUGUUGGAACUGGUCUUAGUACAGUUGUGCGAUUUACGGUACAUAGUGCUCCUCAGUUUCAAUCCAAAUUUAUGGUUCUGAGUACACGACGUGGAGAAAGGGCUGUAAUAGAAUGUGUGCCUAAAGGGGAUAGGCCUAUGACGUUCACUUGGCGAAAAAACGGGCAGAUAAUAGAUCCAGCAAGCGAAACAAGGUACACCCAAAACAUUGAAGAACUGGAGGAAUUUGGAAUCAAAGCCUCGCUGAUUAUCGAGAAAGCUGAAAGAAGAGAUUCUGCUCUUUUCAUGUGCACAGCCAUGAAUGACUUUGGAGAAGAUACCAUGAAUAUUCAAGUUACAGUUAAAGAUAUUCCAGAUGCCCCUCAAAACUUGGAAAUACAUGAUGUAGCAAGUCGCAGCGUCCGAUUAACGUGGGACCGGCCGUUUGAUGGAAAUUCUCUAAUCACCCAAUACACAGUAAUGUGGCGUCAAACAGACGAUCAAACGACAGGUGGUCCUCUUACAGCACACGGUAGUGAGAGAUCUUUGACUGUCAGAGGUUUAAAUCCAAAGACGAGGUAUUUCUUUAGGGUGAAGUGUUUAAAUGCGUUGGGAGAAAGCCAAUAUGGCGCUGAAGUAGCUGUCACUACUCUGGAAGAACCUCCAAGAUUGCCACCUCGUUCUUUGAACGCAGUUGCGGUAUCUUCAAGAUCUGUAAAUGUAUCUUGGCAGCAACCACUGGAAGAAGAUGGAGUAUCAAGCAUUGAAGGAUAUUACGUGGGGUAUAAAAUAUCUACGAGCCCAGAGCCUUAUACAUUUAUCCCGGUAGACAAUUCUCAGAAACAUGAAAUACAGUCCUUUGAAAUAUCUGGAUUGAAAAGGUUUACAGAAUACAAUUUUAUUGUUCAAGCUUUUAAUAAACGUGGAGCCGGUCCGCCUUCAGACGCAACAUCUAUUAGGACAUUAGAAUUUGAUCGUCCUUCUCCACCUGUUAUCAAAAAUUAUUAUGCGACAUCAACGUCGAUAAAAAUAUCGUGGGAAUACAGCAGUUUGCCAAAUGCUCCUGUCACAGGUUUCAUACUGCAUCAUCGAAUGGACGGUACUCCGUGGCAGGAGACACACAUCGCUGGAGAACGCACAAUGUAUACUUUGCACGACCUACUAUGCGGCACGAAGUACUACUGCUAUUUGGUGGCAACAAACAGCGCGGGAAGAGGAAACAGCAGUGAAAUUAUUUCCACUAAAACAGCUGGAAGUGCUCCACUGGCCCCUGACAAGAGACUUCUCCUAUCUGUCAAUUCCUCGACGGUGACUGUCAAUCUGAACAGCUGGCACAACGGUGGCUGCCCAGUCAGGUUCUUCGUCAUCCAGUAUAAAGUCAGCGGCCAUCAGGAAUGGACGCUCGUCAGCAAUAAUGUCAUACCCGAGCAGCAGACAGUUACAGUGACAGAUCUGGUGCCAGGGACGUGGUAUUCGCUUCUGAUGACAGCUCGGAAUGAUGCGGGUUCCACAGAUGCUGAAUAUGUUUUUGCAACUCUCACUCUGGCUGGUGAAUAUCCACCAAGGCCUUCAGAAGUGAGUGAUGUUACCGGUGCUUUCUAUCGCCAUUUAACAAUUACCGUCCCAGUUGUCAGUUCGGCAAUAGUUUUAGUACUUGUUAUUUGCGUUGUCUGUAUUAUAACUAAACGGCGAACUCCAGGUUGUAGACCUCGUACACCAGAUGGUGCAGACGGCAGUGACACAGUGAAACAGGAAAACAUCCCGCUUUCAGCGACAUAUGACAGUGGACAAGAGCCCACGUAUCUUCCUACGCCAUACGCUACGAGUAGAGUGCAAGGUUUUAACAGAGAUCAUUGUGGUCAUCCUUGUAUGGGUAACCAACAAAAUACUGGCACUUUUGGUAGUACGCGAAGUGGGUAUACAUAUAAUAUACCCUGUCCACCAAGAAGAACGGAAAAAGAAGAACUGAUCUACGAAACACCAGCCAUAUAUUUCUCAACAACAUACCAUCACACAG